GAAGGCCAAAAUAAGAAGACCCAGCCGCCAAAAGCAGGAACGAUGGUUGGUGUGGAGGAAAGGCAUCUCCACAAACGCAGAAAGAGUGUGGCCAGACGGGAGCAAACGGGAAGCCCACAAGAUCUUGCUUCUGUGCAAGCCUCAAGCCCCACUAGCAGCGAUGGGCGUGGUAGCCCAGCUAUGAAGGCAGCAACAGAGGGGGGCCAAGAGGCUGGCGUUGCCCUCCAAAGCAAAGGGCCCCUUAGUGAUGACGAACAAGCCAGCCGAGAAACCGGGGUGAAAACAGCCCAAGGAGAGAGUAGCCCCUCCAAAAUGCAAAGCACAGCCAGCAGCAUAACCCCAUCUGAACAGGAGGAGUCUGUCGUGUCCUCGGCCCUCCCUGGCAUGGCCUUAGAAGAGGACAGCAGGCCAUUCUCCAAGCACCCUCUUAGUUUGUCUUGGGUCUUUGGCUAUAACAGCAGCCUCCCAGUUUUCAACCUGCUUGACGAAGACUAUCGAGUGAUUUUGUAUGUCUCUGCUCACACAGCCGUGAUCCACGACAUCCUCAGGAACAAGCAGUAUCUCCUCCAGGGACACACAAGCUGUAUUUCUUGCGUCUGCAUUAGUGAAGACAGAAGGUGGAUAGCCACAGCUGACAAAGGUCCCGAGAGCAUGGUGAUUGUUUGGGAUGGCUACUCCGCGGUCCCUGUGCACACGAUAUUUGACAGUCACCCAGAGGGCGGGGUCUGUACCAUCGCAAUUUCCCAUGAUUCCAAGUUUCUGGCUACUGUCGGCGCUGGGGAAGUGCAGAAAGUUUGCAUUUGGAGGUGGACCUCACCUGAGACGAGCCCUGUCUGCAGUGUUGAUAUUCAGCCCCAGUUCGGCUUCCAGAAUUACAUUGCAUUUAAUGCCAGAGACCAUAAAGAACUGGUCAGCAACAGUGAAACUCAAGUCAUCUUCUAUUUAUGGAAUUCCACCGUUUUGCAGUACCAUGCUCCAGUCCUAACAGAGAAAUCAUUCAACAAAGUCGUCGGGAUCUUUAGCCAGACCCUUUUCCACUUCAGCUCUGCACAAGCCAUUACUGGGACGCUGGAAGGGAAGCUGGUGGUCUGGGAUGCUGUUUGCCCUCCCUCCAAGGCUUCCACUGAAUGCGUGAAGCCGUACAAUAUGAAAGCCAUCAAGCUCAUGCACUUGCAGAAGGAUGGGAUCACAGUGCUCGCUGUCACGGACAAGAAUUUUGUAACCUGUGAUGUCAAAGGCCAUGUGAAAUUCUACGAUGGAGACCUGCAGCUUCAGCAUUGGUACAGCCAGUUUAAAGUGGGACCCAUCCAGUCCAUCUCCUUCUCCAAGAAACCAGCGUGUCCUGUGGACCUCUCAAAAUAUCCCAGUUCUUGUACAUUAUCAGGCCAUCCCUUUGUUGUUAGGAAUUUUAUCCUCGCUACGUCAGACGCGUUGGUGAUCCAUGUCAAGACAGAAGGGAUGAAAAUCAGCAAAUGCUUGGAAGAGCCCAAAUAUGCCGUCCAUGCCAUCACCUGCCACCCAAGCAAACCUCUCAUGGCCAAGGGGAGUUUCUGUGGGCUCCUGAAAGUGUGGAACUACAAGAUCAAUAAAUACCUCGUUAGCCGGAUCUUCAAGGGUGAAAGUAUCCGGAGCCUCUGCUAUAACCAUGACGGUUCAUUAUUGGCAGCCGGAUUCACUGAUGGAAGUGUUUACAUUCUGGAUUCGAUCUCCUUGGAAAGCGACUGUCCAGAGCCUUUCCAAUACUCAAGCAGCCCUGUCACCCUCAUGAGCUUCUCUCAUAACUCCCAGUAUCUUGCCACUGCAGAUGAAAACAUUUCAUUGAACCUUUACACAAAAAUGGAUGUAGAAGGGGAGAAAAUCUGGGAGCGCCUGGCAGCGCUGCACUCCCACUACAAGCCCAUCCGCACCAUCCUCUUUGGGGUGCACUUAGACAGCAACGAACCUUGGCUCUUAACUCUGGGAGAAGACCGGCUCUUGGUGGAAUAUGACCUGGAGAGGAGUGUAAAGAAUGAGCUGGUAGUCAUCCGAAGGGACCGCAUUGAGCAACAUGCCAUCCCCAAGUUCAUCACCUGGUAUCCCCCUCUCACAACGGAAUAUUUCUUCCUCACUGCCAACGAUCAAUACAAAAUGAAGAUGUAUAAUGUAACAACCAAGUUGUGCAGAAAGACUGUCCUGGGACCAACGUAUGGCUCGCCCCUGGAGAAGAUUCUAGUCCUUCCAGUAGCAGAGGGUCAUGAUCCUCAGAGGCGGUAUCUGGCGUACAUUACCAAUGACAAGGUUGGCCUGCAAGUGUUGCCUAUUGAUGGGAACCCGCACAAGUCCUCAGCUUUCAUUUGCCACCCGGAAGGCGUUGUCAACUUUGUCUGCUCCUGCGAUGGGUGCCACCUCUUCACGGCAGGGGGCAAUGACUUCACGGUGAUGAAAUGGGACAUUAAUUUAAUUGCUCUGGAAGCAGCUGUUUUUCUGGGAGGUGAAGAUUUGACCCCAUUCUACAACCUUUUGGAAGGUGGCAGAGAUGGCGAGUUUUUCAAGGAGCUGGAAGACUAUUUUUAUUAUGCUCAGCUGUGCCAUGAAGGCAUUGACACCAUGGAACCCAGAAAGGUGUCUACGCACAUCCCUUUGGAGCAAGUCCCUUUUGUCAUGCGGGCAAUGGGAUUUUACCCAUCUGAGGAACAGAUUGAAGACAUGCUAAAUGAACUGAAAUUCAGUGAGUAUCUGGAGACUGGCAAGCAAGUGACCCACAUCAAUUUAGGGGACUUUAUUAAGCUCUAUGUAAAUCAUCGGCCUGCAUUUGGGCUCUUGGUAAAAGAAAUACAAAAUGCCUUCCAAGUGCUGGGCUACGAGGAUGAGAACCAUGAGAUGACCAUUAACAGGGGUGAUCUGCUGCUGCUGCUUCAACAUAGAGGAGAGCAUUUGACAGAAGAGGAGCUGGCAGAGUGCCUCACCACUCUGCUGGGCAUGAAUCCUGAGGGGGGGCGCUCGGAGGUUGGCACCUAUGACCCCACAGGUGCAGAUGCCUUUAUCGAGGAAGAGAUUCCAGAGGAAAUCACAGUGACACACUUUGUGACUGACAUUCUUGGUUUACCUAUUCCUGAGCCGAGAUUGACAGAGACAGAAACAACAGAGACCACAAAUGAACCUGAAGUCCGGAGCAGUACCCUAACACUGAAGUCUUAAUGGCCUCUGGUUGUUCUGAAGCCUUUAAAAAAUGUGCUAUGGUCACCUUAUUUCUCUUAACGUCCCUUUAGAAAUUGUAUUGUCUUUUAAAAAAAAAUGAAUA